AUGUCGGCCGAAACAACGACGAAACCGUAUCCCGAGCUUGCUCCAUACGACGAUGCGUAUGGCUUCUCCCGCGAGUCCUUUGACCCGUCAGCGCUACCAAACUUCGACUGUGAUUACCUCGAUUCCGAAGAUUUGAUCGCAUUCGAGACGGCGUUACAAGCACCCGAUCCUCUACAAAGUCCCAUCGAUGACACAGCCAGCCUAAGGUCGCCGAGGAGCGUCAGUUCUGUUAACCUGACCAAGAGAGAUUCGACGACUGGCAGCGUCCUGGAAGAUGACGCCGCCGCCGUCGCAGCAUCCGCUGGUGCUGCUGGAGGCGAUCUGCUUGUGCCACCGACCCCGACCCUAGGGACCUUUGUCACAGCGCAGAACGACUGGGCGCCGGUGGCCCCCAGCAGACACCGGAACAGACGAGGCAGCAAGAAGAAGAGAAAAGAUGAGACUAGAGAAGGAUAUCUCUAUCUGCUCUCCAAAUGGCCUCUGCUUUUCUUCGUCUUCUCAUGGCUCAUCGGGCUGAGCAUCGCAUACCUGUCAACGAGGUGGUAUAUCUGGUUUUACGAACAAUUCUGGACAUGGCGAGGCCGACGUGAAAUUUUGCGUAAGAAUAUGCGCAGGACUUCCAGCUACAAAGGCUGGGUCACGGCUGCGAAAGAGUUGGAUGAGUUCUUAGGCCGAAAGAACUGGAGAGAAGUUGACGACUUUGCCUACUACGACUCCAAAACUGUCAAACGAGAAUUGAAGAAGGCUGUUGAUGAUCUGAGGGCACUACUGGAGGCCUGCGUCAAGAAUAACUUUGUUGGUGUGGAAAAUCCAAGACUGUACAGCCAAACAUACUAUGGAACCAAGAACCUGGUCCAGAAUUUUGUCGAUGAUGUCGAAAAGAGUCUUCGAUUUCUCCUUAAUACAGAACACCUCGACGCCGAUGAAAAACGAAUACUGUUCAAGCACGUACACGCCAACUACGGACGAACAGCCCUUUGUCUAUCUGGCGGGGCUACAUUUGCCUACUACCAUAUUGGAGUUGUAAAGGCGAUGCUUGAUGCCGACCUGCUGCCUGACGUUAUCACUGGAACCAGCGGAGGCGCACUGAUAGCCGGUCUUGUCGCUACCCAUACCAACGAUGAACUGAAAGAGCUUCUGAUACCGGCACUGGCACAUCGGAUUACUGCCUGCGGUGAAUCUAUGAAGACUUGGUUUCCCAGGUGGUGGAAGACUGGCGCGCGCUUUGACUCUGUGGACUGGGCCGAGCGGUGCUCUUGGUUCACGAGGGGCUCAAUGACAUUUAGGGAGGCAUACGAGCGCACCGGCCGUAUCCUCAACGUCAGCUGUGUCCCGGCUGACCCCCAUUCUCCAGCCAUUCUUUGCAACUAUCUAACCAGCCCUGACUGUGUUAUUUGGUCUGCUGUGCUCGCAUCAGCGGCUGUUCCAGGAAUCCUCAACCCGGUUGUCCUCAUGAUGAAAAUGCGGGAUGGAACCCUAGCACCGUACUCGUUUGGUCACAAGUGGAAAGACGGCAGCUUGAGAACUGAUAUCCCCAUCAAGGCGUUGAAUACUCAUUUCAACGUCAAUUUCACCGUUGUGAGCCAAGUCAACCCACACAUAAACCUCUUCUUCUUCUCUUCAAGAGGCACAGUUGGCCAUCCCGUCACUCAUCGCAAAGGGCGUGGCUGGCGUGGUGGCUACCUCAUGUCGGCAAUAGAACACUAUCUUAAACUCGACAUGAAUAAGUGGCUCAAGUUUAUUCGCCAUGCAGAGCUGCUGCCUCGCCCUCUUGGGCAGGAUUGGAGCCAGCUCUGGCUGCAGGAAUUUGGCGGCACCAUUACCAUCUGGCCGAAGUCGAUCCCUUCAGAUUACUGGCACAUUUUGACAGAUCCCGACGCCGAGCGAUUGGCCCGGAUGAUACAUGAAGGACAGCAGAGUACAUUUCCGAAGCUCAAGUUCAUGUCUAACCGCCUCAAGAUAGAGAGAAUGAUAGAGCAGGGGAGGAGAGAAACCAGGCCAUGGGCGAGAAGAGGAAGCAUGCAGAGAAUUUACAGCGACGAUGAUUUGAGAAGCAUUUUGCUGGAAGAGAUGGCAGUGACGUCUUCGACAACGGAAGACGAUUCGGAGCAGGAUGGUGAGAUGAACAGCGAAAUUACACCGUCUCAAGAUGGUGAGUACAAGGACGAGAUUGACACUUGA